AUGGACGCUGUGCCCGAAUGCAACGAUGUAGAUAUACAUCAAUUCGAUACCAUUCAGCUCAAUGCUAAGAUAAGGGAUGUUUUGGAAGAUGUGGGCUUAGCUUUCGAGGAAGAUUAUGAAACGGAAGACCAAUGGGAUGCUGACAAUCAUGAGAAAUUUAUGUUGAGGCGACGAUAUGAUCAUAGCCUAAUGGUAGUGAAGAAAUUGCAAGGUUACAUUUUGAAUCGGUCAGCUGAACCAUCUGGGGAGGUAUUCGAUUUUGCUAAGGGACUCAGAUCUGCUUUGGGGAGAACCUCGUUAGUUGCUUUGAUUCGAGUGAGAGUGAGUUUGAGAAUUUUGUCUCGAAAUCAAAUUAGUUUUGGUAGACAUCACUAUGUGCGUCGGCCUAGAGGUGGUCGUCGUGGUGGACGUGCACGGGGUCGUGGUCGACGGGGACAUGGCGGUAGGCAAGGGGGUUUCGAGGAUCCACACGAGCAAAUCUCAGUGCACGUGUGUCUCCUCACGGACUAUGGAUCGCAUAACGGGACUGAGUAUUUCGAAAUUAUGAAAUCGUGGGGAGAGGAUUGUUCAGAUAAUGGGUUCAGAUGGAUUCUAAUAGAUGAUAUUAUUGAACGUAUGAGUAUGAGGUGGUGCACGAGGUCGAGGUUGCGUUCGCGGACGAUGUCGAGGCCGUGCUCGGAAUGA